UAAUUUCUCAUUUAUAAUCACUGAUGCCCAUCAAUCCUAUUUAAUUCUUUCAAACCAUCCGCCCUCUUAUUACUUGUCCAGAACACAGUUGCAUCUACAAUUUCACUUAAAGCAUGAAGAGCAGUAAGAAAGUAUAAAAAGUAAUGCUGACUAGAAACCACAAAUCCAGCACCGUUCUUCAUUUUCCAAAUGUUGUUCUUGGGUCCCCAAUAUAAAAUAAUUUUAAAGCCUGAUAAUCCAAAACAAGCGGCUGAGAGAAUAAGGCUUGGAUGCAAUCCACCAUACUGGGAGAACUGUUCAAUGUGAAGAUCCAGCCCUGGAUUGAGCCACACCGAAGUGCUUGGGGGUGGGUCAUGGCUUGUGGAGAGAAGCAAGGGAAUCCCCAUGCGCAGACUGGUCUGCAAACAGCUGGUCGCGCCUCUGUUUUUACAUCCGGAAUUGCUGUGCUGGAUUCGAGCAAAAGUCAUCAGGGAACUCGAUGCUCAAGACAGUCAACCCACCUCCAACCGAAACCCAGUCUACGGCUGCCAACCUGAGCGUCGCGGUUUCGUGACCGUCCGGGCGCCAGGGCCCGGAAGGAAGGAGUCGGAGAGGGAGGGGAGGGGCGGGGCGGAGAAGAAGAGAGGAGAGGGGAAGAGCGGAGCGGCCUCCUGUGUUGCUGCCGGCUGGAGUUGCGGACGGAGUGUCCCGGAUUUCAGGCUCUUAACCGCGGAACCUGCAAGGUUUGGAUAUGUCCUUUAUAUUUGACUGGAUUUAUAGCGGUUUCAGUAGCGUACUGCAGUUUUUAGGACUGUACAAGAAAACUGGCAAAUUAGUAUUUCUUGGAUUGGAUAAUUCUGGAAAAACUACCCUUUUGCACAUGCUUAAAGAUGACAGACUUGGACAGCAUGUCCCAACAUUACAUCCAACUUCAGAAGAGCUGACGAUCGCUGGUAUGACUUUCACUACUUUUGAUCUAGGUGGACAUGCCCAAGCUCGUAGAGUUUGGAAAAACUACUUGCCUGCCAUCAACGGUAUUGUCUUUCUGGUGGACUGUGCAGAUCAUGAAAGACUGGCUGAAUCGAAGCAAGAACUUGAUGCACUAAUGACAGAUGAAACUAUUGCUAAUGUGCCUAUCCUUAUUCUUGGAAACAAGAUUGACCGACCAGAAGCCAUCAGUGAAGAGAGGUUACGAGAAAUGUUUGGUUUGUACGGCCAAACAACAGGAAAGGGCAGUAUUCCUCUGAAGGAAUUGAACACCCGGCCCUUAGAAGUCUUCAUGUGCAGUGUGCUAAAGAGACAAGGCUAUGGCGAAGGCUUUCGUUGGAUGGCCCAAUACAUUGAUUAAUGCCAAAAUCAUUCUAGUGCAUAGUACCUCCAUUCUGUUCAUUAUUUGAUUGCUUGGUGUACAUAACUUGAACCCAAUAGACUUUGGUUACAAAAGCAUUUUUUUUUAUUGUUGUAUCAAUUGUGUUAAAAUUAAAGUGUAAGGACUGAAAACAGAUUUUAAGCAAGUUUGUGAAUUUGGAUUUUGUAACAUUAGACUCUAGACCUAUCAAACAACCUUCUUUGGGGAUUUAUGGAUUGUCUGUUGUCUUCAGUCCAUCUUUUUUUUUUCUUUUGACAGAGUGACCUUCCAACACAGUAUGUUUUCAAAUGCACUUUUUAACAACUCAACCCUACAGACUUGUUGGUCGUAUUUAAUGCUCAUCAUGUUAAAUUUUUAUGUACUUUUUUCAAAACUGGUUUUAUAAAUGUAGAGUGUAUAACUGCCUCUCAAAGAAUAGUAAUGAAUCAGCUUCUGGAUAAUUGCAUGAUGCCUUACGGUUUUCAAUAAUAUACUUUCUUAUGCAACGUCAUGCAAUAAAACUAAAUCCCGUUUCUUGACAUCUUUAA